AUUCUAGCGUUAGGGAUACGUUAUCAACGCUUAGCGCUCACACAGCCAAACCAACUCUCCGCAAUGAUAUUACUCCGCUAUGCCAUCGUCGCCACUUGUAUCCAACAGCACAAGCAGCGACGAGCACAGCCAUGGUUUCCAAGAUGACUCCUCCUCUAUACGAAAGCGUCCUCAAGAGUCGCUGGAAGUGGAAACGCUAGUAGGAAAUAGUGCGUUGUCGAAUGAUGGAUUGCAAGUCCAGCAAGGCAAACCAGCCGCGAAACGAAGCCCAACGACACCUCGACAAGCCACAAUUCGGUACAUGUUCAUGUCGACGUUGUGUCUAGUUUUGGGGUUGACGUGUCCACAGACCGUGCUCUAUCAACAAGGAUCUUCCUCAUCAUCAUCGUUGUCAUCCAGCCAAGUCGUCAUGGAUCAUGAUGACGAUCAUCUUUCGGAGUUUCAAUGGAGUCUUGCCAUUGGUUGCCUAUUCCUUUACUUGAUUUGCAUUUCAAGUUUCUGGAUGGUUUGUGGGAGUGAUCCUGGCUAUCUAUCAGCUCGCGUCUUGCAAGAAGAUGUCUUUGAGGACCAGCAAACCUUGUUGAAUGACGAUGAUGACGACCAUCAUAAUGCAUGUACUAAUAAUAGUGCAGAACAAGAGGAUGUACAACAUUUACCUGCUUCCAAUUCUGGUCUUGUGAUGGAUCCAGAGAACGAUGAGGGAAAACUUCAUCCAUCCGCAGCGCAGUCGUCCAACAGCACUGACAUCAGCAACAAUCCCUUUCAUCAAAGUACUACAAGACGCCAAUUUUGCGAAACGUGUCAAAUUGCUCCACCUCUUCGAUCACAUCACUGCAAAAUAUGCGACAAAUGCGUCGCUACAUUUGAUCAUCAUUGUCAAUUUGUGGGAACGUGUAUUGGGGAACGCAAUCAUUGCCGCUUCUGGUGGUUCCUAGUGGUACAUGUUACAAACUUGGCCAUUGCUGGCCACUAUCUCAACACGUCACCGUUGGGACUCUCCACGCUGCUCUUUCCAACCAACAAUGAAGAUGAUGAUGAUGCAUAUGCAGCACUGUUUGUGCUAUUCUGCCGGUGCUACUUUUAUACCUUGCGAGGAGUGGCUGGGAUCAUGAUGAUUAUCCAUACUUGGAUGGCGGUCACCAAUACCACCACCUUUGAAUGUGCCAAGGGAGCUAGACAUGUGGAUUAUUUGCGGGGAACCAAAAUGGCUGAUCUGCCGUUUUCCAAGGGCUUGAUUCACAAUCUCCGUGUCUUUUGCUGCCACAAAGAUGACUUGGUCAAGACCCAACCUUGGAAGAAAGCUUGUGCAACUCCUAGUACCGGUAGGCACCAAUGGAUACCAACGCUCUGGCAUCCUCCUGGCACAAUCGUUCGAGAUUCAGCAGAUUGGUGGCAACAUCCGUGGGAAAAUAAAUACUGGAGUUGUUGUGGAUGAUGAUGAUGGAUUAUACGAACCGUAUGACAGCGCCUUGGAGUGGUGGGGAGCAAAGCAAGGGCAACUCAGAAGGAUAUUACAGUCUUAGCACUAACUAUAGAGUUAUGAAAAUUUCCUCCUUCUUCGUUCCUACACCAUACCGUGUGCUAGCCAACGGGUCAGUAUGGAUGAUAAAAAUAUAUGGCUGGAGAACGAUGUCAACAUCAACAGUCAAAGACUGGCUGAGUAGCCUGACAGAUGCACAAAAUACAUGCCGAAAACGACCGGUGUCAUAGAUAUCAAAGUAUUCAUACUGAUUAUAUAGUUUAAAGACCCUACUGCAUGCGGCAGGGGCUCAUCUUCAAUGUAAGCAAAGCGAAUUUGCAAAUUCGAGUCUUGAUGGAUAGAUGAUUGUCGGCAAGAUGGCUGAGUUCUCAACGAUAAACUCCACAUCAACCAUGGCAUCCUACUUCCACGCCAACUAAUUCAUCAACGCAUAACCUCGUCUCACUUGCAGCUCCGAUUUUCGGGGCUUUAGCUGGAAUCCCAGGUCUUUUUGUCGUAUCCAAGAACUGCGGCAGCCUUUUGUUGUUCGGAACUGAGUUCAUCCCAGUCCAAAUCUUCAGUGUCUGGCUCCUUGUCGUUGUCCCACAUCUGCUUGGUGAAUCCAAGCUUCGUGGCGGCUUCUUGAACUUCUUUGGGGAGCUCGUCCCAGUCGUAGUCGUCGUACUUGCCCAUUGUUUCAAGCUUCUAGUUUCCUCUGGUUGUGAUCGAGUGCUCUAUGGAUUUUUUUCGUGCUUUCCAUUGAUAAAUUCCAACGGCGAUCCUGCGUGGAUCAGUACUGCAAUCU